AUGACUCUAGAAGCCAUUGUAGGCUUCCUCCAGGACGGGUCCAAAUUCUUGACCUGGGUCAAUCUGCUGGAGCUUGACGAGUGGGAAGAGGAAUUCGGCAUGGCGAUAGCGUCACCGCUUUCUUUUGCAUGCCUUAAUGGUCUCGAAGCCACAGCGAGGAGACUAAUAUUGGAUGGUGCGGAUAUCAAUGCGCCAGGAGCUUACCAUGGUUCCCCUCUUCGAGGAGCUGCCUUAAGGGGUGAGGAAGCUAUCGUGCAGCUGCUGUUGGACCAAGGUGCGGAUGUUAACGCGCAAUCCGACAGCCAUGGCUCUGCUCUCCUGGCUGCUUCAAAGAAUGGCCACAGGACAGUUGUGCAGCUGCUCCUAACGCAUGGUGCCGAUGUCAAUUCGAUGAAUAGCUGUUAUGGCUCUGCGCUGGCAGCUGCGAUAGACCAGGGCGAUAAUGCGACGGCACAGCUCCUACUUGAUCACGGCGCGGAGGCUUCUGAUAUCGCCCUCUAUAACGCUUCUUGGUCGGGCAACGAAGCGAUGGUGCGGCUGCUGCUUGAACAUGGUGCAGACGUCAAUUCGACUGUUGAUCCAGUUGGAUCUGUGCUACAGGCCGCUGUCAAGAAGGGACAUGAGACAAUUAUCCAGCUUCUACAAGAGCACGGUGCUGAAAUGAACAUGGGCGACGCGGCGCAUUCGCGGCGCCAGCUGCAGAGGCAAUGA